AUGAGCAAGAACUUUAAAAAAGAAAAAACUUGCCAGUUGGAAUCUAACGAGGGCACCAACAAGGCACAAACGAUAAAAGACCAAGCGUGGGAAAAGUCAACGAUCGAAAUCCUGAGGAGGCAAAAGAAACGUGCAAAAAAAGAAGCGAAACUGGCCAAACGGAAGGACGAACUGAUGCAACUGUUGAAAAAAGGAUCUAAAAAUACUGGAUCGGGAUCAAAACCACUUCCAAAAGUUCAUCUGACCUGCUCGUUGGCUGAAAACCUAAACAAGCUAAAGUUAGGAGAUGAGAUAUCUAAGACCAUCGAUGAAGCGUUGGCCCUGUUAAGUGACGACGAUAUCGCGGGAAAACUUUCGCUGAAAUCGCGUGGAAACGGUCAAACUGCUUAUGAGGAAAAAAGGUUGAAAGAACUGAAGGUUUCUCAUCCAGAGUUGAAGUUGUCGGAGAUAAAAACGAUCAUUUCCAGGGAGUGGAAGAGGAUGCACUCGAUUAUCGAUGAGAAGGCCAGAACUAGACGCAGUAUUUAUCAGUUUUUUUAG